AUGCCCACACGGAGAUGGGGUACAAGGUGUCGAAUUGAUGGGUUAGAUGAGUAUUUGGAGAGCAUAGGCUUGUUCCGGAAGCAAAUUGCUCGAGAUGCAACAUGUCUGUUUCGCUGCGUAGCAGAGCAGUGCUUCCUGUCGCAGACAUAUCAUGAAACAGUGAAAAAGGAAUGCAUCAGAUUCCUUUCUGAACAGAAAGGCAUGUUUGAAGAGGUGGCAAAAAGACUGGGCAUUUCCUAUUCAAAGACUCUGGAGAAGCUAAGGAAGGAAAGAUGCUACACAGGUGGCAUCUUAGAGAUGUGGGCCCUUGGACUUUUGUAUAGUCGAGAUUUUGCCAUCUACCAUCUUCCUGACCAUGAAUUUCAUGAUCCAGCUGUCAAUGCAACACCUCAGCUUUUGACCAAUCAUGGUUUUCAAGACUUUGUGGUGCUUGGCAUCACAAAUGAAAACCAUUAUGAUUCAGUUUAUAGUGCAGAGCAUAUUGAAGCAGAAGGCCUCUGCCAAUGUCUAGAAGAAUUGACCAAGAAACUGUCAGAACUUCAACAUCUGGAACACCUGUGGUGCAGGUUCCAGCAGAGUGCUCUGUGUCAGCCCCAUCCCAAGAAUUGGGUGUCAUUUGUUACCAGGGUUCUAAGUAGAGAGAAACCAAUGCAACAAGUGUCAUCUGUUGGUUGGUUCAGAACUUUGGGACAUGAAUCUGAGGUUCCCAGAGGUCAGACCAUCACAGCUUUGUGGAGCAUGCUGUCACUUCUUGGCAGCAUGCUCCGCCCAUGUGAUGGAACCAAACCCCCUCCCUCCCCUUCUGUGAAGCAUGUAUUUGCCAUGGAGGAAAGUGCUAUGCUGUCAUUGAAUGAGCCAGUCUGGAAAAAUUUUUCUGUGAAGGCACAAACAUGGAUAUCCAAGUACUUCUUGGCUGGUGUCCUCAAACCUCCAUUCCGGUUCAAAGAUGCAAAGGCCUUGGUACCCUAUCUCUAUCGAAAUGUGGAGUUUGAUCUCUGGAUUGAAGAAGUCAGGGCUGUGUACCGUCACACCCAUUAUUUGAACGAAGAUGGGCUGGGCCUUGGCACUCGUUGUUUGGUGUAUUUGAAUGAAUCAGAGCCAUCUGUGUGUGGGUUGGGUUAUAUCCAAAACAUGAUUCCCAACAAAGGGCCUGUCACAGUCUUUGUUGAGAGCCUUGGACAAAUUGCAGGAGAUGAAGCCUCACACGUAUUAGGUCUUUUCUGUCCAAGCCAGGGACAGCAAACUGAGCAGGUUUUCAUUGAUGGAAAGGGAACUCCUCAUGUUUUGAAGGAGGUAUCAAUGGAACACAAGAACCAGGUGUAUCCAAUUGCAUCCCCUCAGGGUCACGGGUGUGAGGAGCAGAAUGGAGGGUAUAUGAUGGGUUCAAGUCCAUUCACCAUGAGCAAUGGAUUCCCUCCUCCACUCUCACCCUUGAUUCAAUGGGGCAAUAAGGACAAUCCAUCCCCUCCUUCAGAUCCAGCAUUUUUCCCCAUUUUACCACCACCUGCUCCCCCCUGUGCUCUACAAGGACCCUAUCCCCCAACUCCAGAUUCUUGUGGUUCACAUUUCCCUUUCCCAGUUGAGCCUCCUGUUCCUCCUGCAGGGGUGAUUGGAGAGAGACCAAUGAUUCCCAUGGAUGGAAGUUCUCCCAUGCACAAUGAAGUCUCUAGCCCAGGUCCAUCCCCUCCUUCAUCCAUUCAACCAUCUCUCAUGCAAAUUCCCCCCAGACUUCAAGUUUCAGGUUUGACUUAUCAACGGAACCUGCACAUUGAUGUGAUGUCUCCAUCAGCUGACUCUGGCUAUGGAUCUGUUGAUUCCAGUUCCAGAAUACGAUCCCAAUACGAGGGGGAGCCACUGCUACAAUGUCGGCCUCCUCGCCGAGAUCGGUGUUUUCCAUCUGGUCCCCAUCCUCCAGAAGUGCCUCCCUUCUUCAUGCCUUUACCUCCCAAUCUGGCUAUUCCUACCUAUUUCACAUAUCUGCCACGUAAUCUGCAGGGAAAUGCUUUCCCUUCUUUCACAGGACCUUUUGUGGCUUAUAUUCCAGAACCUGACAAGUAAGGUUACCUUCCCAUUGAAUAACCAGUGUAGUUUUUUUUUUUCUUUUGAUUCAUACCAGUCCAUUUACUCAGGACCAAGGCUUCUCAUAAACACCCAUUAUGAGAAGCCCCUCUCUGCUUCUCUGAUUGGCUUCAAGAAGAAUUGCUCUAUGGUUACUUUAUGGUUCUCAUAAUUUGUUGGCUCGAGACCUCGACAUCCUUAUUUUUGAUACAGUGACCUCUUUUCUAGUUGUUUUUUUGUCUUUGUGGUAUACGAGUGGACAUUAUAAGUUUGCUUUUGUUAGUGAUUGAGGGACUUAAGAUUAGAAUGCAGAUCUCUUGAUGGGGCUUUUGUUAUGUGACUCUGGUCAGUUCAAAUUGAAUCAUGUCUUGAUCUCGGCUCACUCUGAUGGAAAUCUCACAAACUACCUAGUGAUCUCGGCUGAAUCUCAAGUUCAAACUUUGACUACACUUUUAUGCCCUUUUCAAUAUGGGAAUCUUGGGGUCUCAAAUUGGCAUUCAUGUAUAUGUUACCCCUACAAGAGUUCUGCAAUCCCUCACAAACUUUACUUCCAUAAUGCUGCAGAAUUUAGUUCCAUUGUGUUAUGAUGAAAAAUCAUUUCUUUUUGGGCAUUCUUAAGCAGCAUUCAUUCCAUUGUGUUGCCACAAUGCAAACUACCCAUUCCAUCUAUUAUGUGUUAUCAAUAUUACUUCAUCUGGCAUAGAGUUUUAAUGCCACUGUUAUUUUUUGAUAUCAUGAAUGUAUAAGGGC